GACGGAAACAGCACACGGUGUUGCCCCAUCGUUGAUUGCCGAAGCUGCUUGCAUACGCGGUGAAAAGUGGCAGAAUAGUCUCGCUGUGAGACCUCUGGGCGUCGCCAGGAAGGUUAUUUUGUUGGGAGCUCGCAUUCUCGCUCAAAUCAAACGGUUGAUAGGAUUAACCAUACAUGAAAUGACAAUGUCGGAAGGAGGCGAUGAUGCACCUCCAAGACUAGAGUCCCUUCAACGAGCCAGGUCAUGGAUUCCCUCAGUCCCUGCACCCAUCAAGCGCGUUUUCGACAAGUUUCCUCUUAAAACAUACCCGGCGAACGCGAUUCCUUCACGAUCACUACCGGACUCCAGCGAACAUCGUUUAUAUGUGUUCUCAAAUGCGCGGGGCUGCAAACAGUCCGCUCCCUCGCAUAAUCCCCAGUGUCUUAAAUGGCAGGCCUACCUAAAAUUCUCUGGGAUAAGAUUUCGGAUAAUUUCCUCAAAUAAUCAUGCCUCUCCUACCGGAUCUCUUCCUUUCCUUCUCCCCGGCGCCCAAUCGAGUGGGUCGAGUGAAGCGUUAAACCCCAUACCAUCUAACAAGCUGCAAAGAUGGACAGUUGAGCAAUUAGGCAUUAAGGAAGAGGAACCGACUGACAUGCGCUUUGACGCAUACUCUUCACUUCUGGACCAUCGCCUACGAAAUGCCUGGCUUUACACCUUGUAUCUAGAUCCCUUGAAUUUCAGCUCCGUCGCGCGCAAGCUUUAUGUCAACCCCUUCACUGCGAAUUUCCUUGUACGAAUGGCCAUAGCCACAGAAUUACAGGAUGCUGCGAGAAAAGAGCUUCUAAAACGUUCGCCUUAUAUUGAUGUCGAUGACUUAAUGGCAGAGGCCAACAAUGCGUUCGAAUCCCUAUCUAUCCUGCUGGGAAGUAACUUGUUUUUUUUCAACAGAGAAACUCCUGGUUUAUUCGACGCGAGUGUUUUCGCAUAUACCCAUUUGAUAUUGGAUGAAAAGCUCGGGUGGAAACAUAAUCCCCUGGAAAUGCACUUGAGGCGAUACGACAACCUUGUGAAGCAUCGACAACGACUACUAGAAGCAUACUUCUAGGGUAUUUUUGAGCGUGGCAUCUUACGGCGAUGAUAGAAUUAUCGGUUAUUAUAGACGAGUGGGAAAUAUACUUUGUACGAUACAUGGAGAGAUACGGGCACCUGUAUACGAUAUCUGCUGAAUGAUUCUAAACAUGAUAUUCUUCAUUUCUUCCUAAAGCAGCCACCAUACCAGACCCGCACUCCAAUCCAUUUUUUCGCGCGUGGUCCCAGCUUCUCCGCCAACUCUUCGUCUAUGCUGCUUUCCUUCAAUUCUCCAACCAAUUCAAAUCCAGCUAUAUUCGCCUCUUCGAGGGUUUCUGCUACCGUAUGCGAAUAACUUGUUGGCCUGAUUUUAACCCCAGUUUCUGGAUGCACAAACCCGGCCUGACUUAUCCCUCCCAUCUCAGAGUGCAUAUUCGUCAACAAUAAAACUCCUCCCGGCCUCAGCAUGGCAGCAACGGCCUUGAAGAAUUCUUUGAGGGGGACAUGUUCCAACACCAAAGUCGAGAUGACACCAUUGGCCCCAAACGCCGACAGUGGCGGAAUGGGUUCCUUCAAGAGAUUAUAUGUCUCAAACGAAACUCUAUCCUUCGCCUCGUUAGGAUCGAAACGAAGUGCCUCUGCGAAAUAUUCGGCGGUCUUCUUACGAGCGACGUCCAGCAUCUUAUUUGACGGUUCGAGUCCUAUAAUUCUCAGAUUCUCCGCACCAGCACGGAUGAGUGAAAGAGUAUUUCUCCCCGUCCCGCAACCUAAGUCGAUGAUUUUCGGUGGAGAUUCAGCGCUAUUAAC